CGUCCGGUUCCAAGUGAACCAUAUGGUUCGGUUCGCUUUAGGUGUGAACGUGAUCGUUUACUAUUAUUUAUUAUUUAGUGAUAUACUUAUGGGUCAUUAUUGCACAGUGGACCAAUAUGUCGGUUGAAAGUACAAAAAAUAUAUAACGUAGGCAGCAAUGAAACUGCAUGAUGUUCUAUGGAAAGUGGUAGCUCGUCGGACGAAAGAAAAUAAUUCCAAUGCUGGUUCGAUAUAAUAUGACCUGGAUAUAAUACUGGGUAAAAGACCGACGAGCAACCCAAAAUACGUGCUCGUGCAACAACAAAUCAUAACAAUUAAAGAUAUUCCAAUAGCAAUACGCUGCUCCAUUGUUGUUCGUGACAAGGAAGUGAUUUUCCCUCGCACAUUUUCUGUGCAAUAGAUUAACCAUCUGUACGACAGCGUGUUAUUGUUUUUUACAAACGUCAUAGUUUUUUUUUUUACAAACGUCAUUGUUUUUUACAAACGUUGUAUCACUUCAAAUAGCACCGUGUGAACACUAACCGGACCUAUUGAAAAAUGCAACCAAGUAGCAACUUAUCCACUAAUUCGGACCAAGAAAACGGACUAAUAGGUGUGAAAGCACCCUUAUAUUAAUCGCCCCCUUCUCAAUAAAUACAGGACAUACAGGAACAUGCAAAAAAGGGAAAAAUAAAUGAUCUACAUGUCAAAUUUGUACUACCUUGUGCUUUUUGAUUAACCUGACUCACCAGAUGGUUUGUCACACAUAUCCAUUUGGGAUGUCGUUAUUGGAAACGGCCGGUACAAAAUACAUGACAGGUGAUUGGAUUGAUCUGUCUAUCAACUUCAACCACAACCACAGCUGCCAGUAGUUCUUUAAACUAUGUUGAUUGGUCCAAACCUCUGUGGUUAGGCCACAAAUGGAGAAGGUUGGAGGAUGAUGGAUGGAGGUUGGAGGAUAAUGGAUGAAGGUUGGCCAGAUAGAUUCUCAGGUGGUUGUAAUCUCGCAAAUCCAGCUGUCUCGCAAGCUUACUAUUGGAUGCACCAAGAAAACAAUGGUAACAGGUGGGUCCACAGCACGCGUGUUCUCCAGUGCCAGUCAGCAGCCAGGGAGACACUGCAAACAUGAACGACACUCUGAAAGAAUUGGUGCAGUAUUGGAGGCUUUACCUGUUAAUGUUAGUCUUGGGAAUUGGGGGAUCAUUUCAGUAUGGGAUCCAAGUUUCCAUCAUGGCAUCCCCGGCACAGCAUAUCCAAGGUUUUGUGAACCAAACAUGGCUGGGACGGUAUGGGGUUCCAGUGGAGGAUUCCACCAACAUGCUCAUCUGGUCCUUCAUUGUGUCUGUGUUCAGCUUGGGUGGAUGGCUCGGAGCUAUCCACAGUGGCAGCCUUCCCGCUGUCCAUGGCAGGAAGAAAGCCCUGUUAUUUAACAAUGUGGUGGGCAUUGUAGCAGCUAUUGUUAUGGUCUUCAGUCCCAUGGCCAAGUCUUUUGAGAUGAUCCUGCUGGGCAGAUUUCUCUACGGAUAUAAUGCUGGCCUUGGUCUGAGUGUAAACUUGAUGUAUUUGGGCGAGAGCUCUCCCAAGAAAAUGAGAGGAUUCAUGAGCCUCACUUGCUCCAUUUUCAUUGGACUAGGGAAGAUUAUAGGCCAAAUUUUAGGCAUCAGGGAGUUGUUAGGGAGAGAUGACACGUGGCCAUUUCUGCUUGGCCUUUGUGGCCUGCCUGCUGUCCUUCAACUCCUGGCCCUGCCUUACUUUCCUGAAGCUCCUCGAUACCUCUAUAUUGACAAAGGUGACACUGAGGGCUGCAAAAGAGCUUUACAGUGGUUAUGGCAAGAGGAUGACCUGAAGCUUGAGUUAGAUGACAUGGAUAAGGAAAGAGAGAACUCCCAGGGUCAGAAGACUAAAACAGUGCUGGACGUGCUGCGAUCCCGCUGUGUAAGAUGGCAGACGCUGGCUCUUAUUUUUCCUUGUGCUGGCGUUCAGUUCUGUGGAAUUAAUGCUCUGUAUUUCUAUUGUUUUGACAUUUUCCAUGAAGCUGGAGUCGCAGAGGAUAAAAUGCAGUACCUGUCCAUUGGCAUUGGGGCAACAGAGCUCAUUGCCGUCAGUUUCUGUUCCCUGUUGAUAGACCGUGCUGGCAGGAAGAAUCUGAUGGGUUAUGGGUACCUGUUGAUGGGGGCCAUCAUGUCUGUGCUGAUUGCCAUACUGUAUUUCAAGGAUCUAUAUUUCUGGAUGCCGUAUAUAAACAUCACUCUUAUCUUCGCAGUCAUCUGUGUGUAUGGACUUGGGCCUUGUGGAGUGGCAAUGGCUCUUCCGGCUGACCUCUUUCUGCAGGCCUGGCGUCCCUCCGCUUAUGUGAUCAGCGGCACUGUCAACUGGCUGGGCCUGUUCCUCAUCGGCAUGUUCUUCCCCUACAUAGUGGAUGGUAUGGGAGAGUUCUGCUUCCUGAUCUUUGUGGUCUACUGCAUUUUCAGUGCAGCAUUCAUGCUAUAUUUCAUCCCAGAAACCACUAACAAAACUGUGAUGGAGAUUAUGGAAGACUUUAACAAACUGAACUACAAAAACAGGAAAUCUGACACGGAAAAGGCUAACUUUGGUUUUGUAACAAAAUUCUGAAAAUGUGUAUCAUUUAAAACUCUGAAAGCCCACAUCACACACCGUUUAAUUUCUAAUUUAAAUAACUUUAUCAUUGAGUUGCUUGUCCUUAACUGAUCUUAUAACUGAAUUUAAAAAGGAAGUCAGCAUGGUUUACUAUCAUCAUAAACAACCAAAAACACUGUUUCCACUUUUGUUGAAACUUGAAAGUUUUGAGCAUUAUUGGAAAUAAACAAAAGUACUAAAUAUG